GGCUGCCGUCUGGAGGAGUGGGUGUGGUUCUCUGAGUCUAUGCCUCCCUCUCAAUCAGUCAUCCUGGCUGGACGGGAGACAACGUAGGAAGGCAUGUUGCUAGCUCCUCCUCGUUCAGACGCUCUCCUUCACACACACACACACGCGCAAGCAAACCCAGCUUCUGUUAUGGCAGGGGCCGCGUGGUGGCAUUUCCCAGACAGCCGAGGCAUGCUGCCCUCCCCGCCUGCUGAGGAGACAGACAGCAGGCAGAGCUGAGCAGCAGACAGCAGAGGACCGUCCAACAGCGAGUGGAGGAAAGUGCUGAGCAUGUCCCGAGGUCUCAUUGCCCGUCACAAAAUGGCUGAGAAUGGAGUUAAAGGGAAGCCCCCAUACUCGGUGGAAACCCCGUACGGCUUCCAAAUAGAUCUGGACUUCCUCAAAUACGUGGAUGACAUUGAGAAAGGCAACACCAUCAAAAGGGUUCCCAUUCAGCGCCGAAGCAAAGGACCCCGGGCCAGCACUCUCCCCAGGCACCUCAACUCCUCUGGUUCUGGCUACAAACAAAAUCCCUGGAGGUCGACCGGAGCUCUUGACCCCAGAUCCCGACCGUUCGCCAACCAUCACCAUGGGUGUUCCUCUUGGACUUUCGAUCACAGGCCGCUUCUCUACCCAACGGGGCUCACGUCCCUGACAGAAAUGGAAGCCAGGAUCAAGGAGUUCGACGAACAACCUCUCGGAGAGCAUAUCCGGCCUCAUCUCCUGCGGGCCUCCAGUUUGCCACUCACUGUGCUGCUCAGACAAGAAUCUGAGUCCACAGAUGACAGGAGCAGCAUCCAGAGUUCAAGAGAUCACCUCGGAGGAAGGAACACCUCCUGCGAGGACGUGUUCCUCUCAGACAGCCCUCGCCCACAGGACUGCUCGGGGCUGCUGAGGCGCCUGACCGAGGCUCUUGAACGCGUCGGAGAACUCGAGAUGGAGGUGAGGGUUGUUCCUGAGCUCAGAGCUCAGAUCUGCAUCCUGCAAGAAGAAAGGGAAAGACUCCGUCUGGGCUUGGUCCACCACGUCCCUCCAUCAUCAGUCAAUGGCACCACAGAUCUUCAUACUUCAUCACCCUAUGGCAAAGGGGAUGUCCUGAAAUCCCAACGAGAAAGUCAUGUCAUGUUUUCCAGAAAUCACAGCGUCACAAGCAAAAUAAACCCCGUGAAUGAUUGGAAAACCAGCACAGAUCUGGACGAGCUGCUGACCGUGACGUCCCUGCAGGCUAAGGUAGCGGCACUGGAGCAGAAGCUCCAUGACACUGAGCAGGACCUCCAGAGGACGGUAGGACUCCUAAAGGAGCAGCAGCAGGAAAGCAGGAGGAAAGAUGAGAAGAUAGAAUACCUCAUCAGGAACCCGGGGGUGUGGGUCCGCGCAGAAAGGGUGGUGGUGGACCAGGAGGGAGAUGAGACCAUUGUGAGGUCCAUCGAAUCAGAGCGUAUUCCUGCCUCAUCCGUCAUCUCAAGAACUGUACCCUCACAUGCUCAGAGGCACCAAGACUUAAUAAUGUCUGAUGGGGGCACAGACACAUUCAUUAUUCGCCAUAUUAAGAGAAUCAAGAGUCUCCUGGACCAGCAGUGGGAGUGUGUGUGUGGACAGUUCGGAGAAAAGGGAAAACCCCUGAAACAUCCGGAUCCAAAAGUCAACUCCCUGCAGCAGGAGAUGAUGGAACUAGUUGACGUCCUCAUGUCUGGACACAAGCACCAUGAAGACAGCGAUGGGCAGAAGAUCCAGGACAGAGCCUCUAAGUCCACCCUGGAAAGUGAUGGAAGCACCCCGACUCUAAAAAAGCUGCAGUCGGAGGAUGCUAAUGAAGGAGUCCAAAUGUCCACAAAAGGAAGUGCGAUUGGCCAGGACAAUGGGAAGCUGUGUGGGGAAGCCAGUGUUGUCCCUCGGGGGAUGGAGGCCACCCAGGUGGAUGUACACCCCGCAAAGAGACGAGUCCAAACCGACGAGUCCAAACAAACAUGCCCAGAGGGUCAUGCAACACCGGUGGGAGCGAUAUCAGGACAAACAGAUGGAGGCACCGUGUUGCUGGAAGCUGAGGGUCCAGAGAAAAAGUCCAAAACCCUGGAGGACAGAACUGGCUCGAAUACGAAGGGAAGGGACAUACUGAGUGCAGAUUUUAUGUCUGCUUGUCAUUUUGUUAAGGAUCACAUGGACAUCACAGAAAAUCCAAAUGAUGACAUGAGGAAAGCUCUGGUAACAAUGUUCCAGCACUGGUUUGGCGCUGCGGCGGAGGAGGCCUCCGAAACCAGCAGGGUAGCUGCGUACCUGAAAGAAGUAAAGAGUGAGGCACCACCUCUGCUGGCGUUCCUUGUCAAUCUUGCUGACGACAAUGGCAACACGGUGCUCCAUUACAGCGUGUCCCACUGCAACUACGGCGUCGUGAGCGUGCUGCUGGACACGGGCAUGAGUGACGUAAAUGUUCAGAACAAUGCUGGAUACACAGCUGUGAUGCUGGCGUCGCUCACCGCUCCAGAUGGGCCUGCUGGGAUGGAGGUCGUCCGAAAGCUAAUGGAGCUGGGAAACGUUAAUAUUCGCUCCAGUCAGACAGGCCAGACAGCUUUGCACUUGGCAGUGAGACACGGUCGAGUCGUCAUGGUCCGCUUGUUGCUGAGCUGUGGAGCCGACGCCAACAUCCAGGACAACCAGGGAAUGACAUCCCUCAUGUUCGCAUCAGAACGAGGCCACACACACAUUGCAAGACUGCUGCUAGAAAGAAGUCAGUGUGACCUGACUCUGACUGACAAGCGGGGCCAAACUGCGCUCUCCAUUGCCAAGCAAGGUUCCCACACUGACACAGCGGCCCUCCUGCAGGCCCAUGCUAAGGCUCGAGCUCUCUGAAAAUGGGAAAGAUCCGCCAGUUCAUCAUCUUCUUUGCUUGAGGCACCUAAAAAGAGGCUAAACAGUUUAUUUCCUGAUAGUGUUUUGUAUUUUCUGAACUGCUGCAUGAGCAUUAGCUUUUAGCCUUGGACGGGAAGCCAUCAGAUCAAUAAGACUGUACACAAUCAGUUAUUUACAGCUAGGAAUGACUGGUGGCUGUUGAUGCACUAUACAGUAAAUAUGAUUUAUUUCUUAUGUUUUCAUGUGUGAUUGUUAUAGUUUUCUCAGAUCUUUGCACAGCUUAACUCUGCAAACUAUGCAAUGGAAAAAGUAUUUAUUCUUAAAAGUUUUAUUCCAUAUGAGUAUGACUUAUGGGUAACAAUCAACAUGUUAUAUAUACAGUAUGUGUGUUUAAAGGGACGUUUUUAGCAGCCUCUAAAUAUAUUUCUGCACUUUCCAUCCAAAUUAAAUAGAAGAAAGCAACUGAUGCAAGCAAAAAUCAUAUCCUUCUAGGUGUUAAAAUAAGCUGCACACUGUAUAUCCUUCAAUAAAUCAAAUACAAUGCUG